AUGGAGAAGCCUACCUUUCCAAGGAGGUUAUACACAAGAGGAGCUGAACCGGAAGCCCAAAAGAGCAUUUCCUACGGCAGCAACGACAAAAAGCUUGUUUGCUGCCGUGAAAAACUACUGAGUGAUGCCGAGUGGGAAACACUAUGCGACUCGCGAGUUGGUGUCUUCUGCAAGUUUCACGACCUCAAAUUCGAGUGGUCUUCGAAGUUGGUUCACACGAUGCUCUCAUAUCAGUUAGAGUGCAAGAAGAAGUAUGAGAUCUGGAGUGCGGUUACUCUAGAGAUGAGAGCAUUCUGGGAGAAGCUCGGAGUAGGUGUUGAGCUUGGUCCGAGUCAAGUGGAGCUCAUUCGUGCAUGCGAAUGGGCAACAGACUGGCCGAGUGAGGACAAACUUAGGCUUGGUUACUUGGCCAUCUAUACUGGCUUCAUUGCUGCUCGGAAAAACACCUCGCACACUCCUGUGAACCUGGCCAGAUUAGUGAUGGAUGAAGAGGAGUUUGAGAAUUAUCCGUGGGGGCGUGUAGCUUUCAAGAACCUGAUUGAAGCCGUCAAAGAAGCAGAGCUAUGGAAGUCCGGGUAUGUCCUGGAUGGGUUUGUUGAGGUGAACUUUGAUCACUGCAUAAUGGUGGAGAGAGACUUUGUUUACCCAAAGUGGGAUGAGGAUAAAGAAGACCCGCGCGUAGAUAAUCUCAUCAAGCGUGUACGGAGACUAGGCCAGUGGAAGUGGAAGCCGGCGGACUGGAAUCCUCAAGGUGUUCUGGUGAAGAAUCCUAAACCGCGGAGUCUGCGAAGAGGAAAAGAUCCUCAGACCAUGGAGAUGAAAUGCAGAAGAGGCUGUGUCCUGAGAGCGUUUCCCUUGCUGAAGAUGGCUUCAGUCGCUUCGAGGAAAGCUGAAGUUGCUGAAGGUGGUCCGCAUAGAAAAAACCGUCCAGGCUAUGCAAGCAGCAUCAAGGCGUCGGACCCGAACCUGAGGAACCUGAGGCGCCUAAACAGAAGAACGAGCCGUCUGACGCCUCAACUGAAGGAUGAGGUGUCCGGUGAAGAGGAGGAGGAGGCUGCAUCCGAGGAGAAGGUUGCUGAUAACACUGCCGAGAAGGCUGCCACUCCUAAGAAGAACAAAGCUCCAGCUCGUGACAAUGGCGUAGAUCCGGACCUUGUUUUUGUUAAGCAGUAUACACCAACAAAAGCUGAGGAAGCGGAGGACACAAAGAGGAUGCAACUAAAACAACAAGCAUCAAUAAAUAUUGCACGUGCAAACGUACAGAGACAGCGACAGCUGGCCGCUUCACAACGGUCUCCGUUUGUAGGAGAUAGCACAGUGAAGGGAAUCAUUCCUAACAAGCCACGGCUUGGGUUUGGGUACGAUCCCAACGAGCAUGUGGAUAAGGAGAGACUCGCACGGCUGAAGAAAGAGUUUAAAGGCAUUUUCGGCCCUAAGAAAUUUGACAUCUUCAAGAACCUCAACUACACUGGUGGCAGAAUUGGUCCACAUGGACGCAAUAACGAACCUGUUUCGUCAGCGCAUGAAAUUGCACCCGGAGUGGGACUAGGAAGGUGGCUCCCGGGAGGUGCGACUGACUUCUUUGAAGGGAAGACACCACGUUUCUGCCAAACCCUGAAGAAAUGGGAAGUAGAUAUUGAUGAGAUCUACUUGCCAUGGAACGUCAAAGACACUCAUUGGGUGGCGUUGAUGAUUUCUAUACCUAAAAGGCAUAUUACUGUGUGGGACAGCAUUCCAAACUAUCUGAAGGAGAAUGUGUUAUCCGCAUCUAUCGAGCCCAUUGCUGUCAUUGUGCCUUAUCUACAACGGCUCAUGGCUGACAUCAAUGAUAGGUAUAAGUAUUCGCUCGAUUUCACCCACGAGUAUGUUUCCGGAGGAGAUGUGCAUGCGCAAGACAAUGCAACUGACUGUGGAGUCUACUGUCUAAAGUUCAUCGAGUAUCAUAGUCUUGGGAGGCUUUUUCCGAAGACGCUAUAUGGUAAGAACAUGAGAGCUAUCAGAGCAAAGCUUGCAGGACAUACAUCAUGA